AUGGGUAAGGAAAAGACUCAUAUCAACGUCGUCGUCAUUGGACACGUCGACAGUGGCAAGUCCACCACUACCGGUCACUUGAUCUACAAGUGCGGUGGUAUCGACAAGCGUACCAUUGAAAAGUUCGAGAAGGAAGCCGCCGAAUUGGGCAAGGGUUCCUUCAAGUAUGCCUGGGUUUUGGACAAGCUCAAGGCUGAGCGUGAACGUGGUAUCACUAUCGAUAUCGCCCUCUGGAAGUUCGAGACUCCAAAGUUCUACGUCACCGUCAUUGACGCUCCCGGACAUCGUGACUUUAUCAAGAACAUGAUCACUGGUACCUCCCAGGCCGAUUGUGCUAUCCUCAUCAUUGCCUCCGGUACUGGUGAAUUCGAGGCCGGUAUCUCCAAGGAUGGCCAGACCCGUGAACACGCCCUCUUGGCCUUCACCCUCGGUGUUAAGCAGCUCAUCAUUGCCAUGAACAAGAUGGACACCACCGCUCCACCAUGGUCCCAGGCCCGUUACGAGGAAAUCAAGAAGGAAGCCUCUUCCUUCAUCAAGAAGGUUGGUUUCAACCCCAAGAGCGUACCAUUCGUUCCUAUCUCUGGCUUCAACGGUGACAACAUGAUUGAUGCCUCUGAGAACUGCCCAUGGUACAAGGGUUGGGACAAGGAGACCAAGGCCGGCAAGACCACCGGUAAGACCCUCUUGGAGGCUAUCGAUGCCAUCGAGCCCCCAGUUCGUCCAUCCGACAAGCCUCUCCGUCUCCCACUCCAGGACGUCUACAAGAUCGGUGGUAUCGGAACUGUUCCAGUCGGUCGUGUUGAGACCGGUGUCAUCAAGGCCGGUAUGGUCGUUACCUUCGCUCCAUCCAACGUCACCACUGAAGUCAAGUCCGUCGAAAUGCACCACGAACAGCUCGUUGAGGGUUGCCCCGGUGACAACGUUGGUUUCAACGUAAAGAACGUCUCCGUCAAGGAUAUCCGUCGUGGAAACGUCUGCGGUGACUCCAAGAACGAUCCACCAAAGGGUGCCGCUUCCUUCAACGCCCAGGUCAUCGUCCUUAACCACCCCGGUCAAGUCGGUGCCGGUUACGCUCCAGUCUUGGAUUGCCACACUGCCCACAUUGCCUGCAAGUUCGCUGAACUCCUCCAGAAGAUCGAUCGUCGUACCGGUAAGGCCACCGAAGAGAACCCCAAGUUCAUCAAGUCCGGUGAUGCCGCUAUCGUCAAGAUGAUUCCAUCCAAGCCAAUGUGCGUUGAGUCUUUCACUGAGUACCCACCACUCGGUCGUUUCGCCGUCCGUGACAUGCGUCAAACCGUCGCCGUCGGUGUCAUCAAGACUGUCGACAAGGACGACAAGGCUGGUGGCAAGGUCACCAAGUCCGCUGCCAAGGCCUCCAAGAAAUAA